AUGCAGCAAGGCCCCUCCCACGCACCUGAAAGGCCAGCUCUGGGCGCCGCAGCUCACCCUCCCCCAAGGGUCUCCGCUCAGGUGUUGCCUGCAGGAGGCCUCCUGGUGCCCGGCAACGUCCACCUGCAGUCUAGUCCCUUCUUGUGGCCCCGCACGGAGGCCGGGAGGAAAGAUGAUGAGGCCCGGGCAGGAGCAGAAGCCAGCUCGGAGAAGACAAGAAAGGCAGCCGCCCCCACCAGGGUGCACCCCGAGGCUCCGCCCCGAAGCAGGCCGCCCACCUGGACAGGCAGUUCCGCUGCUCCCCGGGGCGGCCCCGCCUCCCGCCUGCAGACCCGGGAACCUCGGCCGGCGCCCAGGCCUGCGCAGAGGGCACAUGGCUUUCCGUGCCACUACCCCACCGCAGGGACCGCAGAGCACAACGUGGAGGCUGCCGGGGCUGACAGCCAGUGGCCACCGGCCCGCGUUGCCACAUCUCUGGUGGCUCUGCCGGCCAGGAGGGCGGCCUGCUCCCUGCCCACGCUCUGUGGGACACUGCCCUGUAGCCUUCAGCCUACAGCUUGCCUUGGGCUUUCGGGAAUUGAAGAUGACAGUAUUCAGCGGGGCGUGGUGGUGCACGCCUGUAAUCCCAGCAUCGGGGAGGCUGAGGCUGGAGGAUGGCCGCGAGUCCAAGGCCACCCAGAGCUGCAGACGCCCUCAGCACCGCCCCCAGCGCCUGGAGGUCAGAGCCGGCCGUCCCAGCCCCGGCGGGGUUCUCCGUGGUGUCCCAGCUGCCAGUUCCUCCCAGACCUGCGGGACCAGUUGUCCGACUUCCAGGCGAGACUGGAGAAGAUUUUGCACCACCAGAAAUCUUCCCUGGGACCCCUGAGGGGUGACCACUCGCCAUUCCCCAGGGUCAGGAAGGCCAGCCCGUCUUCUGUGAACACAUGCGUGAUUCAGGAGUCCGUUCGUCCGUUUCACCCUCCUCACCCCUCCUCCCCUGCACAGCACCCGUCCCUCCGUCCCUCCGUCUGUCCGGCCAGUCGCUCAUCUUCUCACAGACUCCAUCCUACUGCUCACCCGGCCGUCCGCCCACGACACAGUCCUUCUACUCAGACCCGGUUACUGAUCUGUCUCCCAGCCCAGGGGACCACCACCCCACUCACUUAUGUCCCAUGCCUUCCCUCUUCCAGCUUUCAUUAGGUUUUAGUUAUGUGUCAAAUAAAGUAAGAGAUGAACUUAACAGAACAGUCCAGGUAUUAGAUGCUAGAGCUCUAAUGGAGGCGGGACAGGAACAGGAGCAAUCCCUCCAGUUUAAAGAGGCUUAGACAAAGGUGCAAAACACUCACCGUUGGUGAGUUUAAAGGCUGGGACCAUGGAUACGUAGCACACAUUCCACUCCUCCUCAUGCUGUACCCAGGGCAGACAUUACUAAUGGGUCACAGCCCAUCGCUCCUCUGAGUCUGAGAAACCUCUUCAGGCCGAUGCCACUAGUGGGUCACCGAUGAGACACGUUACCAACCCAGGAACCGCCAGUCAGGCCGCAGCAACACAGUCCUUUCCCAGGCUACAAUCAGUAUAAAAGCAGGACUCAGCCGAGCAGGGGCAGAUGCACUACAGACUCUUACCCGAGAGGAAGUGCUGGAGCACCUGCCCCUGUGAGGUUCCCGACAC